AUGUCAAACUUAACCGAUAAUAAUGCUACUAAUCGAAUAUUAUCUUCAUCAAUUACGACAAGUAAUACUACCUAUUCACAAUCAUCAUCAUUUAAUAAUCGUACGACAAAUACAACUAAUGAUUGUGAUCGAUCAAUAUCGUCGUCAUCACCAUCAACAACAACUUCUACGCUUGGUUUAACAGCUAUGGGUUUAGCAGCAGCAAGUUUUGUUGCUAUAACAUCUAAUAAUACAACAAAUUCAGACAAUACAGAAUGUGAUUCAAAACGUAAUGUUUCAACACCAUUCAAAUUACAUUCAAAUACAUCUGAUGAUCAUUAUGCUAGUUUUUCUGCUUUAAAUCGAACAUUAUCUCAACCUCCUCCAUCAUCAUCAUCAUCAUCAUCAACAACAUCACCCUUCAAUAUUAUUAAUCAAUCAUCAAAUCAUAAUUUACAAUUUAUUUCUAAUCCAACAGGUCAUUCAGAUAGUGGUGCAUUCAAAAAAAUAAAACAUGAAUCACUUUUAUUAAAUACUCAUCCAUAUCAUCUUCAAUCUUACAAUCCACACUAUCCACAUGUACCUCCACCAUCAUUAAAUCUCCAAUCAACAUCUACUAAUCAUACAAAUAAUGUUUCUCCGACACAUUCAACAAAUUCAAGUCAAUCUUCACAUCAUUCAUUAUCAAAUCCCGGUGGAGGUCAAUGUCCAACACCAGCACGACGUCGACAUCGAACAACAUUUACACAAGAACAAUUAGCUGAACUUGAAUCAGCAUUUGGAAAAAGUCAUUAUCCAGAUAUUUAUUGUCGUGAAGAAUUAGCACGAAUUACAAAAUUAAAUGAAGCUCGUAUUCAGGUUUGGUUUCAAAAUCGACGAGCUAAAUAUCGAAAACAAGAAAAACAAUUACAAAAAGCUUUAUCACCAGUUCUUUCGCCAUGUAAUGCAAUGAUGAGAAAUUUUUAUCAAGCAUCAACUGGAAGACCUUAUCAAUAUGGUACAACAGGAACGUCAACAACAGGUACAAAUAGUGUUGUUUCAAAUCAAAUUCGUUAUCCACCAACAGCUGUUGCAUAUUCACAAUUUUCACCAUUAGCUACUGCCGGUAUUCGACAGGACAAUCCAUUACAUUUUCAAGAUACGGAUUGGUAUAAUAAAAGUCUCUCAUCAUUUCGUGUCGAUCAUACAUCAAUGCUUCAUUAUCCAGCUUGA